AUUCAAUUAAAUUUUUAAACAUCUGCCACACCACACGCUUUUACAGCAUUAUUUUCCUUCAUUUGCCCCUUUCUUUGCCCGUUGUAUAUUUACACUACUGUCAAUUUAAGCAAACAAAAAAUACUACUCAAACACAGUCAACGCUCUUCAUACUUCAUCUUUCCCUGAACCAUUUCAUUCAUGUCAUCCAUCCAUUGCCGUCCAUUACCAUAACCAUCCAUUUUCCAUUCUCCAUAUUUAGUUCAGUUUCAUCCUUUGCUCAUUUAAUAAACCGUAUUUACGUGUGACAAAUCAAUUUCGUUUAUGUAAUUUAAAAGCAUUCAGCUACUUUCUCGUACUCCAUACUUAUCUGCUGUAUAUCCUAUCGUCUAACUAUAAUCCCCUGUGUGUAUGACGUUAUACUAGCAAACGAAGCGGACCAAUUUUGUUAUCCAUAUGUUGCGACAUGUAAUCCCUUACCGUUUUGCGUACAUACUAUUGUUCUUAACGUACUGCUGCGUGCUCUAGUGUACUCCUCUUCUCUUGUUGCGAUUCUAUCCUCUAUUUCACUGUUACGUUUUACUCUGUCCCAUCCAUGUGCUAAAAGAAUAUUAUAUUUAACACAAAAAACCUUUUCUUUCAAAUUAAUUUUAGUUUUUUCCUUUGUUUUGUUGUACUUCUAUGCUCAGUUGUUAUUGUGGUUGUGUUUUAAUUUUAUUUUUCUGUUAUUUCUAUUGAAAUGCGACUAGCCAGAGUUUGGUUCGCAUAUAAAACGCGUAAAAUUAGUUACAAACAUUCAAUAGCCCCCAGCUGCAGACCAUUCUCAGCACAAUUAAAUCGUUAAAGCUAUCGCCCAUAAUCGCUCCCUCACCCGGAAAAGUGAUAAUAAUUCACGAAUUUAUCAGCGCUCGUUGGGAAAAACAGACCCAGGCGCCAUCGCCCUUCCCUUUCCACUUGCGCCACACUAAUCCAAUCAGGCUCGAAAGAGCGACAUUUCGAAUGCAAAAUUUUUCACUAGAAUUAAUUACCGUCUACCUACGGUACGCUAGAAAAGCAGCACGAAACUUGCGCACGAACCGUCAGGUGCUCGGUGAGUCUUCUUCAGCUCGCCCGUUCGGUCGACACCGAACAGUGAGCAAAGCGUUACGGAAGCAAAUAGUAACGACGGGAGCGCAAAAACAGCAGCUAACAAAAAAAAGAAAAAUGCUAAUCAAAUCCAAGGUCCUGAUUUGAUGAGCACAUUUACAUUUUCGCCCGUUCCAUUCGCCCGGGUGCUCCGGGUGCUUUUUGCGAACAUACGAACCUGCCCCUGCCGGAGCAAAAUAAUUCAAAAACAUCCUCAUCAUCUUCAUCACCAUUUCCGCACCCGCUACAAAACAUCCAAACAAAACCGUCGUUUGUGUGACGUCCUCGCCAUCCGCAGUGGUAGUGGCUGACAGCGGCGCGUGUAUUGGUGGAGUUAAGGGGGGAUUACUAUUUCAAAGCUUUGCGGACCCGAAAAAAAACCGUGCAUGUGGCCCCGACCACUUGACACGAUUGUCAAGCACUGUUUGCUGCUUCCGCCUACGAAUGACAUCAUUAGCGCAUCUACUGCCCGUUUUCUUCCUGUCUGUCUGAGAGGGUGGGGGGUACCGGCCUGCUACUAUGCCCAUGUCCCAUGACUGACCUUCGAUAGCAGUACGGGCUGACCUUACAAACACAGGCGCACAUAAAACCCACACGCACAUUCAAUGGUAGGAAACGGAUGAAACCCUUCAACCGAACCGGAUGCAAGAUUUACAUCUCAUUAAGGAAACCUGUGCCAUCCCACCGAUGUUCGGUGCGGAAGCGUACGGUACCGAAACAAGAAUGGGUAAGUGAUUGCUUCAGCAGCAGAUUUUACAAAUCACCAUGCGUCUCCAUCUCCAGAAUGAAAAGGGAAACUGAUCCGUUUGGAGCGGAACCAUUCUUAGCUAGGGUACUAGCACGCAGCUAGCCAGAUUGAUUUAAAGUGCCGUCUUUAACAAUAAUGACGGCAAUGAUCUCUCGAACUUGCCGUUUCACCGUUAAAUUGCCAUAAAAUUACAAACCACCAGGCGUCUCCAUUCGCUAACCUGAAAGCCGCACCACCGGAGGAAGAUGGCGAUGCUUUAGAGCUCCAAUGCAUUCGCUACACUGUCUUGCAAUGUUAAAGGUGGAUUUGAUUUUAAAUAACCCACGACCUACACUUGCAAUCAUUUUCGUUCAAAUACUCCCAGUGUGAUGCACGUACGUAAAAACCUCCGGUUUUAUUGGCGCACAGACACAACUGCAAGCCUACAAAUACAGGGACCCACUACAUGGCCAUUCCGUUCGGUAGCAUUAUCUCAACGAGUCACUCCCGGACCAUGGUCGAAAUCGGCUUACACUCGAGACCGUAAAAUUAAUAAGCUAUUAAAUUUGCACCGACCAAGCACUCGACCAUCCGUCCAGCGGGCCACUCCCGCAAACGACGUAUCGGCUAGCCGUUCGGAGCUUGGCAUGUACUUGUAAAACGGGCGGAAAAAAAGAACAUACACCAGUAUGAAAUAAAAAAGAAACCCAUCCUCACCAAAACGACACGACGGCGUAGUCCGUUUCGCAUUUAUUGGCCCAAAAGUUCCCUAGUAAAGUGCAUUUUACGGUUAUCGGUACGCUAUAAGUCAGCCUACCUCACCAUCACCAACACCAUGUCCCUAGUCCCGGGUGAAAUCUUACCAUCACACGGUAAAUGCGGGACGGGAAGGAAGCAGAAGCAUGUGCAUGUGCGCCACAAAUUUUGAAAAUACUCGCUCGCUCGCUCGCUCGCUCGCUCUCCCGCUCGCUGCCAAAUGUUUGCUGUUUGCGGCGCCGUGCCGCACGGUACCAGAGCGGUAUGAUCGCUGCAGGAAAACUUUUCCAAUUAACUUUAAAACCGUCCCGAAAACCGUCGCUCGCUCUGGCCCAGUUUUGCCUCCCGCUUUUGCAAAACCCGCUCAGCAUCUUUUGCCACUCGAACUCGAAUGUGCUUUGACCACAUUCAAAAUGCAGACGAUCGAACGGGCUUCCCGCAAACCUCUUGUUUCUCCUUGUUUUUUCCCCUCUUUACCCGUUCUGCAGCGGGGAGUGAAUGCCGGUGUAGUAUUUGCAGAACCCGAACACUCGCUUCCACUAUCUGCUGAACCUCGCAGCCGGGAGAGCCAGAGGACAGAGGUUUUCGUUUAUUUUAUUGACGUUACUUUACGAUUGCAAUCCAUUUCCCGGUGGUGGUUCAAUUUCCCGAAAUUGCACGAGCUAAAUAUUGCAACGGUACCGGUGCGGCUACAGAUAAAGCUCUUCGAAUCGGUUGUCAAUCUGGCAAGCAAAAACUCCGCACUACUACCAUCACCACCACCGGUCUUAGCGCGCACACACACUUAAGCUAUAUUUAUGUGUUGCAGCAAAGGCUCUACCGUGCCGCUUUUUAAUGCACACACUACGGUACACCAUUAGGCGAUGGCAACCACACCGGUUGCAAACGAUAACAAGCUUGAUUUCUGUAAACAUUAAGAUGGAGUACAGUGUACAGCUUACGUUCCGAGAACAGUGGCUGGACGAACGAUUAAAGUUCGAUGACAUCGGAGGCCGCUUAAAGUACCUUACACUGACCGAAGCAAACCGUGUGUGGAUGCCUGAUUUGUUCUUCUCGAACGAGAAGGAAGGUCACUUCCACAACAUCAUUAUGCCGAACGUCUACAUCCGUAUCUUCCCGUACGGAUCGGUACUAUAUAGCAUACGUAUUUCACUCACGUUGGCCUGCCCGAUGAAUCUAAAGCUGUACCCACUGGAUCGUCAGGUGUGCUCGCUGCGUAUGGCAAGUUAUGGUUGGACGACGGCCGAUCUAGUGUUUCUGUGGAAGGAGGGCGACCCCGUGCAGGUGGUGAAGAAUCUGCAUCUGCCCCGGUUCACGCUGGAGAAGUUCUUGACCGAUUACUGCAACAGCAAAACCAACACCGGUGAAUACAGUUGCCUGAAGGUGGAUCUGCUGUUCAAGCGCGAGUUCUCGUACUAUCUGAUCCAGAUCUACAUCCCCUGCUGCAUGUUGGUCAUCGUGUCCUGGGUCUCGUUCUGGCUCGAUCAGGGCGCGGUGCCGGCGCGCGUUUCGCUCGGCGUCACCACGCUGCUCACCAUGGCGACGCAAACGUCCGGCAUCAACGCGUCGCUGCCGCCCGUGUCCUACACCAAAGCCAUCGACGUGUGGACCGGCGUCUGUCUGACGUUUGUGUUCGGGGCCCUGCUCGAGUUUGCCCUGGUCAACUACGCGUCCCGUUCAGCGGAUAGGGCAGCAGACAUGCACCGAGAGAAUAUGAAGAAAAAGCGCCGCGAAAUGGAGCAGGCCAGCCUGGACGCGGCCUCGGAUCUGCUGGACACCGACAGCAACGCCACCUUUGCGAUGAAACCGCUGGUACGCCACCCGGGUGAUCCGCUGGCACUGGAGAAACUGCGCCAGUGCGAGGUGCACAUGCAGGCCCCCAAGCGGCCAAACUGCUGCCGUAGCUGGCUGUCAAAGUUCCCGACCAGCCCCUUCAAAAAGGUGCCGUGUCUGGGACGAGGGCAAUGCUCACGGUCGAAGCGCAUCGACGUUAUCUCCCGAAUAACGUUCCCGCUGGUGUUUGCCCUGUUCAACCUGGUCUACUGGAGCACCUAUCUCUUCCGCGAAGAGGAGGAGGACUAAGCGAGCGAACGGACCGUUCCCCGUCACGAUGUUAGCAAUAUAGUACGGCCGCGUCACAGCAGCCAACCCAUCCAACAAAGCACGCUCGCCCACUACCAGCCGUAGUGCGUGAUGCCGAUGAACGACAACUGGAAGACGCAGCGAGCCACGGCUGCACGCCCGCCUAUAUUGCGCACGCACAGUACGCACCUUCAGUUCGCUUUCCUUCUGCGUCGACGACUGACAGCUCAACGCCAAGCGGGAGAAUAACACGCGUCACCAGGGCAACACACGCAACAGCAGUGCGUCUCAGCAUCGAUAGCAACAAAAGUCAUAGCAUACUACGCGUACUAAGAGUACAAGAAACGCCCCCAGGCACGCUCAAUUGUUAGCAACAGUUUAAUCAGAAGCGCAACAAGUUCAGCACAACAAACACAGCAAAAAGAAACAAUAGCAGUAAACAACUCAUGCAUGUUGAUAUGUAGCACACAAAAUAGUUCAGUUAUAGCGCACCGACAGCAUCGUGUAAGCGGAGGAUACAGAUCAAAUAGCACCAUUACUGGCAUAGAUAGCCCCCGAAUCACAGACAGCUCACCAAAUGCAACAGUCUACACACCCUCUACAUACUAGCUUGUAACAUCGAUCGAACCCAGAUAGAGAGCAAUAACAGCACAGACAGAUAAGCAUAGCCCAAACAAAUGAAUUUUAUCAUCCAGAUUGCAUACUUUCAGGAGACCUUUCCUGGAUCAUCCUAUUAAGAGGGUAUUCGUUUUCGUUUUCCCUACCGCCACGAGCUUUGUUUCAUCCCUAUCGACACCCCCAAACUACGACUUUCGACCACACAAAUGCACAACUGCAACCACUACAAACAAACAUACAAACCACGCUGCCAUAUGCUCGGUUUCUUCGGUAGUUUGGACGGAUAGUGCCUUUAGCUUCAAUUAGUUCACCUUUUCAAACACACACAAGUGCUCAGUAAACCUCAAAUUUGAUUUUUGCUUUUACCUUUGCUGACGAUGGAAGGAAGCUGUCUCACACACAGGGAUCGCCUCUCCUGAAUGGGUCCCUGGUCCCAUUAAGCUAGUGCCAUAGUUGUUAAAACAUUUGCGGUUGUGAAUGCGGACCGGGACACUCAAGCAUACGCCUCGUACAUCCGCCUGCAGGAAGUGAAUGUUCUUCCUACGUUCUGAUUCAAACAUGAUCCUUUGAUUUUUGAAAGCUGCAACACACUCGCACAUCACACAAAUUCCCUUUCGGACGGAACGAUUAAUGUUUGAUCGUUUCUAAAAUGAACUGCAACAAUCAGCUGGACGAAUGAUAUGCUUGUCCUUCCAAUCACAUUCGCUUCUGUUGCAUUGUACUAAUAAGUUCAACAUGCACUCAUCAAAACUACACAUACACUCACCAAGCUAACUACAAACCAUUCAAUGUCAUAGGCUGUAUACGCAGCCUGCUUGAGAUGCCAUUCCCGACUAAAACAGCGUAUGUGUGUGUGCGACAGAGCGUGACGAGAGACGUACUGUGCGGUAGUUUUUGUACUAAAAAAAGGGAAGUAAGAAAAUCUAUUACCAAAAAAAAACAAACAACUCUAUGUGCGAAACACAAUGUUCUUUCAUAAGCUAUAUCCAAAAACCAAUUCAAAAAAAACACGUGUACACACUAAGGGUACACGCACACACUCAAACACACCGUAAUCAUAAGGCAGAAUCGAGGAAGAAUUAAUGCAACACGAAAGGCCACACAAGUAACACAUUGCAAACAAUCGUAUAAGCUAUUCCCGUGCAGGAAGAUAAAUAGUUCACCAGUUUUUCUUAAACGUAUAAACGCACUAGGCAUUUAAAACAAACAGAAAAAGAACGAAUAAGUGCUGACGAUGUUCGACGGAAGGAGGGGGGGAUAAAAAAAACUGAAGACGAGUAGGACGAAGGGCGGCUCUUUAGCGUAGUGGGAAAGAUACAAACUCUUUAAAAAAAUUACAGGGUCAUAGCUAUUGUUGUCACGAAUGCACAACGCAAAGAGAGAAAACUUAAGUGAAAAACCAAACAAAAAAACACACACACAAACGAGAUUCUAUCAACACAGCUAAGAGAAUAUAAAUGAUUGCAAAAGAUCGUGUAACAUAUAAGAAACCAAAUGAAUUACAAAUUCUAUCAAUAAGAACACAAAACACACACACACAAUGAAAUACACUAGACAAGCAGAACAGACAAACAAACAAACAAGCAAACACAGUGCGCAUAAACUUUAGUACGAUAAGCAAAAGACAUGUCAAACAAAUCGAACGAAGAUUAUUUUAGAUGUUAUAAAUGGUAGUGCUACUUUACUGUGCUAUGUGAGAAUGCGUGUUAGAACAAAAGGGGCAGAAUUCGGGGACGAGCAGAGAGAAGAGUAGCGCGAACGAGCGCGUGGUAGGAACAGAAGAAGAAAAGAAAACGAACGCAAAAACAAAAGCGAAUGAAGAAAGAAUCGUACCGAAGACAAAAGGAACAGAAAACGGAAACAACAAAAAAGGGUGUUAAAAACAUUAACGAAUCAAAGGGAGAAACAAAACUGAAGCAAACAACAACAAACAAAAAAAAACAACUGUUCUCUGUAGUGUAAUGUGUUUUGUUUUUGGGUUUUUUCUAAGUAAGUACGCGGGGAUCGGGAGGAGCAAAUUAAACACUUUACGAUAAAUAACGCUAGCCAAACCAUCCAGCCGUUUCGAUGAGCUGCGUUAUGUGGUUUGCACGUGUUUUUAUAUGAAAUUUUAACGUAUUUUCUAGAUCAGAAAAGCUCUAGUGAUCAGAAUCCUGGGAGAAGAAACCAGUGUUAGCAGUGUGGCUUAGAGGGGAAGGGGGGAGAUGAAGGGGAGGCCGAGUAGUGCGAGCUAAAGGGAGAACAACAAAACCUGCAACAAACAACAAUACCGAGUGUGAAAAAAAACAACUAUACUUAAACCUACUUCACGCGCCACUGACUUUCUUUUUAACGACUUUUUCAACCAAAAUCCACCUAUUUGGGUUCACACACGAGUGAAGAGUGAAACUGCAAAACUGCAACGUACCGUAGGAGGAAAAGGAGCUUCGGUACACCGCUCCCCCCGGGGACACCGAAAACACGGUUUUUUGUUUUCGGCCCUACAAACGGGGCAAACAUCUUCUACCGCGAUGCUUAAGGGAUAAGGCAACACACACAUGUGUAGUAUAAGUUUAACUGACACACAAACACAAAACACACAAGUUUAUCAUAAAAUGAUGCGAAAUUCGGCCAGCGAUGGGAAGCGAACCGAAUCCGCCCAUUCUUUCAAAACCGACAGACACAGUUCGAACUUCCGGGUUGUGGAGAUAUUUGCGAGGCGCCGAGCUGCCGAGGGGCGACCGUUGUAGGGUUUCGCUCUUCGCGCGCACCGGACUGAAAUAUUUCCAUUUCAUAAUGAAAGAUUUCAUGCAUGCUGCACGUGCGCGCGCGUCCGUUGCGGCCGUUUUCUUUUUCUUUUUUUUGCUUCUUGCUUCUGGUGGUUGUGGUCUUGUUUCCUUCCCUAUCUCACACACACAAAAACACACACACACAGACAAACUUUUCUCGUUUGCCGGCGGAUCAUCAUCGGAGCAUUUUGUAGAAGCCGGCUGGCAGUGUUGUUCGCUGCUUGUGCGAGCUCGCCUGCAUGACUCAUACGAUGGGUAUGAUUUCGUAUAUUAACUGUUACGAAGCCAAUAAUUGUUAGCUACCUAAACACUCUUCACACAACCCAGUGGCAUCGGUUGCACAGAAUGGGUGAGAAAAGACUAGGAAAUGGAAGCAACAGCAACAGAAAAAUAAAACAAACACACUCAAACACUGAUUUAUCGCUAAUCGAGUUAUUAACACAAUCAAAGAGCAAAUCUUAUCUACGUAAAUAUGGCAAAAAGGUGUCAAAACAAUCUGUCUAUAAGCAUACAACUGUAGAUUUUUUUCCUACGUGACCGGUGGUUAAUGUUGAACAUGGAGGUGAAAAAAAGAAGAAGAAGAAGAAAAAACCUUGUAACUGUGGUGCUGUGCAUUAAACAAAAAAAGAAAAAAAA